UUGCAAUUGGGGUGUGUCCAUAUCUCCAACCGCAACAUCAUUAGUUCUCAACCCGAUUGAUCAGCCUCCGCGAACGAAGACGGGCGCUGAAUCAUAGCCGCUCUUAUUACUGACAUCGAUCCUGCGUGUUCUUGACCGGCUGAGAUUGGCAUGAGUGCCAGAGACGGGGCCCUGAACUUUCGGCAGAUCUCCCCAGCCAAUUCACCUUAAACGACUCUCAUCUGCGCCGGGUCACCACGGCACCGGAGGCAUGAGGCGCUGGAUCCCCUCGCUGGGACUCCUGGCGUACCUAGCAGCGUUGGUAGCUGGUAAUGAAGUGCAACUUAAACAAGAUGAUGCCAACCGACAGCGAUGUUCGGGCAUGUACAGCAGGAAAUCGUGGGGCGGGUCAAUUGAGCCUUUUAUACUCGUCAAAUUCCUCCCCGACCAUACCCAAGAUGACAGCGACCCGAUCGUGAGCCUGAUCAUAUUCGAAUGGCAAGAUGAAGAGCUGAUAGGAAGGAUGCCGCCCGGGGGGCAAAGCUACCGCGACCUUGAAACCAUAUGUUCUGCCGAUACCGUGGCCAAGGGCCUAUGUGAAGAGAAGGACAUUGGCGCCUUCAUCCUGGCGCCGAAUGCCACCGAGCUGGCGAAGAAUCCCAUCUACAACGAGGCCAUCCACCUCAAGGACCCCAAAGCCGUCAACUAUCCGGUUCGGAGGACAGGGUUCUAUUGCGUGUCGACGUACGCCUUCUCCAACCACGAGUACGACGCUGUGGUGGAGUUCCGCAAUGCUUACGGCGAGCUUCCCGCUGCGCAGAUCGCGAAGCUUCCUUUCUACGGCGGCCUCGCCAUCGUCUAUGCGCUGAUGGGCGUCUUCUGGGCUUUUCUCUAUGUGCAGAACCGCUCCGACAUCCUCCCUGUCCAGAACUACAUCACGGCGACCAUUAUUUUCUUGAUCGUCGAGCAGUUGAUGACCUGGGGAUUCUACGAUUACCAGAACCGACAUGGGAAUAAUGCCGUCAACAAGGCCCUGAUGAUCAUCGUGUCAAUCCUCAAUGCGGCACGAAACUCGCUGUCGUUCUUCCUCCUGCUGAUCGUCUGCAUGGGCUACGGUGUGGUCAAGCCAUCGCUGGGCAGGACGAUGAUCUAUGUGCGCAUCCUGGCAGCAGCACACUUUAUCUUUGGUGUCAUUUACGCCAUAGCCUUCAUGACCGUCACUCCCGAAUCCGUGGGUCCUUUGAUCCUAUUUGUCGUUCUUCCAUUAUUCGGGACGAUGACAGCAUUCUACGUCUGGACGUUGUCCUCCCUCAACGUGACCAUCAAGGAUCUGGUCGAGCGUAGACAGAAGACCAAGGCCAUGAUGUACAAGAAACUGUCGUGGUGCAUUCUCGGCUCCAUCUUGGUCAUUUUCGUCUUCUUCUUCGUUAACAGCUUUGCAUUCGCCGGAAGCAGUGAAGCCGACUUCGUCCCGAAGCACUGGCAGACGAGAUGGUUUGUCUUGGAUGGCUGGCUCAAUCUGGUCUACUUGUUCGACAUUGCAUUCAUUGCGUAUCUAUGGCGGCCGACUGCGAACAACAGGCGCUUUGCCAUGAGUGACGAGUUGGCACAAGAGGACGACGGCUUCGAAAUCCGCAGCAUUCGCGAUUCCUUCUCCGAUGAUGAGGAGGCUGCCCGAAAAGACCGGGAACAAACGGCAAGCCCGGCCGGUGGAGCAUCGUCAUCGGUCACAGACGCCGUCAAUGUCUCGCCCCUUAGCAACCAAUCUCCUGCCGCAGCAGAGCAGAAUAGCAAGAAAGAGGCCCCGCAUCCACCGCGACCACGAGAAUCUUUGGAUGGGGAGACCAUAUUUGCCGUGGGCGACGAUGGUGUCGAAUGGAGUGACGGCGAGGAGGAAAGCGACGAUGAACGGAAGAAGUUGACGGGCAAAUGAGUGGAAUAACUCGAUGUAUAAAUUGUCCUCUAUAUCAAAAGUGCACAGCUCCAAGGAGGAUCGUGGCUUGGCAACCCAGCUGCAGAAUUAGGUUUCUUUGUGACCAGCAGCUACGGAUGGCACUGUACGUCUGGAGUGGGAGUGAAGUAAUGCGAUUUCAUGUAAUCCUCGACUUUUCAAAAGAGGUCCUACUUCUGCAACCUCGCACGACGUUGCUUACAUAUCGUAAGUGUGAUCUCUCCAGACAAACCACCUCCAGUGGCCUUGAUAGUAAAGUUUUGGGAGCCUGUAUCUCCCAACAACUUGAACCCUGCAACCAGGCCAGCCAGCUUUGAGUUGUCGAACUCAGGCUGUCUUAGGAUACUGUAUAAGCCGGUCUCGGACAACGAAGCUUGACGACCUGUUAGAGGCCAUUCUCCACGCCGACAGCAGUCCUCGUUCUGUCUGAGAUCCUGAAAGACUGAGAUCUCC